GACAUGUUCUGGUAUUCGUGUUCGCCACAAUAUAGACUGCAACCAUCUUGUAAGAAAAUAAAAAUAAUGUCCAUAUCUUCUAGCAACAUCAAUCAGUCAGACUUUUGUUAAUAAAACAUCUGUUUAAUAUUUGCCUAGUGACAUUUUCGAAUAUUUGUUCUUGAUUUUGCAAUUUCCAACUAGUAUAACAGGAUAUCAACAAUGGCAGAGAUAGAUGGAGAAGAUCCAAAAGAGUAUCGCUGGGAAACUGGCUACGAGAAAACAUGGGAAGCUAUAAAGGAAGAUGAUGACGGUCUUUUGGAUGGCGCCAUAGCAGAGAUUAUUCAAAAAGCGAAACGUAAACGACAGGCACAAAAGACUCAACAAAACCGUUUGGGAAUGAUGCGGCACCUUUAUAUUGUCUUGGAUUGCUCUGAAUCAAUGACCGUGCCGGAUUUGAAACCCACUCGAAUGUUAUGCACCAUUAAGCUUUUAGAAAUCUUUAUUGAAGAAUUCUUUGAUCAGAAUCCUAUAAGCCAGUUGGGUCUAAUUGUUCUGAAGGGAAAACGUGCCGAAAAACUCACGGAACUAACCGGUACAUCAAAGCUUCAUUUAAAGGCACUGGAAGGCGCUAGUAAAAUUUCACUCACUAGUGAACCUUCAUUGCAAAACGGUCUUGACUUAGCUAUGAAAGCGUUAAAAGUCGUGCCCAGUCAUGCUUCACGGGAAAUACUAAUAAUUAUGGGUUCAUUGACCACGUGCGAUCCUGUUGACAUUAAUAGUACUGUAGAUGCCCUCAAAGCAGAUAACAUACGAUGCUCAGUGAUUUCACUAUCUGCUGAAAUACAUGUCUGUCGGCAUUUAACUCAACAAACUCAAGGCUCUUAUGGCGCUGUUCUUGAUGAUGCUCAUUACCGUGACCAGUUAUUAGCGCAUGUAGAUCCACCACCAGCAGCGCAAACCCAAGAAAAUUCUUUAAUAAAAAUGGGGUUUCCUCAUGCUAAGGCUGAUUGUGGCAAGGAUCCACCACUUUCAAUGUGUAUGUGUCACAUAGAAAAUACAGAAGAACCGAGUAAGUUAACGUCAGGAGGUUACCAUUGCCCGCAGUGUUUCAGUAAAUAUUGCGAGUUGCCGGUUGAAUGUCAGACAUGUGGCUUAACAUUGGUUUCAGCGCCACAUUUGGCUCGAUCCUAUCAUCAUCUCUUUCCAGUGCAACAUUUCACCGAGUUAGAAUUCAAUGGGCAGGCGGCGAAUUGCUAUGCAUGCCAGAAACCUCUAACGGAAGCAGCAGACAAAAAUGUAUACCGAUGUGAGAAGUGCACCCAAGUUUAUUGUAUUGAUUGCGAUAUAUUUAUCCAUGACACUUUGCACACAUGCGUCGGUUGCAACACAGGAAAUACAAAAUGAAAAUAGGUUUUUAGGCUGAUAAGAUACUUAAGUAUGUACGUAUAUAAAUAAAAUUAAAACAAGAAAAAACGUUAACUUCGCUU